AUGGACGAAUCUCAGGCUACCUUCAACAACCAGUACACUGCUUACGGUUCCUUCGAACUGGAUAUGAUGAAGAGAUCCAUGGAUACCGCUGGUGGUCCUGACGCUAAAAAGGCUCGCUGGUCUCCCCCCAACGGAAACCUUUCCGCUUCCAACUCGGGCAACCGCGACGCUUUCGCCAACUACGGCUACGGACCCCAGGCCAACAUCAACCAGGCCUACGCCAAUUCGUCCCCGCAAUAUUCUUCGUCCGCUCUUUACUCGACCCCCUCCCUGACGAUCAACACCGGAGUCAACGGCAACAUGAGCCAGAUGAGCCCUUCGACACCCUACAUGCAGAGCGCCUCUUUGCAGACCCCCCAGACGCAGCACCCCAAUGGCCAGAUGAACGGCGGUGCCUAUGGUGCUGCUUUCGGCUACAACAUGUUGGGCAUGGGUAUUCCGAACAUGAGCAUGCUCAGCGCGUUCCCUUACAACGGACAGAUGGCCAACUUCGGGCAGAACGCGAAUCAACAACAGCGCGUUCCUUCGCUCAAUGUCAAUAUCCCCUCCGCGCCCCAGCCUUACUCUCCCGCUGCUCUUAGCGCUGCGCUUUCCAUCAACACCAAUGCAACUGGGCGUACUGUUUACGUUGGCAAUCUCCCUGCCACUGCUUCCGUCGACGAACUUCUCAAUCUCGUUCAUUUCGGUCCCCUGGAGUCUGUCCGUGUUCUCCCCGAGAAGUCAUGCGUCUUCCUCUCCUUCCUGGAUGGCAACACCGCAUCCGCUUUCCACGCCGACGCUACCAUCAAGAAGCUCUCCCUGCACGGACAGGAGCUCAAGAUAGGCUGGGGAAAGCCUUCGCCCGUCCCUGCCCAGGUUGCUCUUGCCAUUACGCAGAGCAAUGCAAGCCGCAACGUGUAUCUCGGUGGCCUCGACGAGGGCACCACAGAAGAGCAGCUUCGCGAUGAUCUGAGCCGCUUCGGCCUGAUUGACCAGGUGAAGAUUGUCCGUGACAAGAACAUAGGCUUCGUCCACUUCUUGAGUAUCGCCGUUGCCACCAAGGUCGUUAACACACUUCCCACUGAGCCAGCUUGGGCAGGCAAGCGCGUUAAUUAUGGCAAGGACCGCUGCGCAUACAUUCCGAAGUCGCAACAGGCUGCCGCUCAAGCUGCUCAGGCAGCGGCUGCGCAGUCGCUCGUCGCUCAGUCGGCCACGAUGUCCCCGGGUGCCGGCCCGUCGCCAUUUAACCCUUUCACUGGUUACGCGCCAUUUGGCGCCGAGGCCAUGCAGGGUAUGGCUGGUCAGAGCCUCAACCGCACAGUUUACCUUGGCAACAUUCACCCCGAGACGAACACCGAGGACCUUUGCAACGCUAUCCGUGGCGGUGUUCUCCAGAGCAUACGGUACAUGCAAGAUAAGCACAUUGCUUUUGUUACCUUCGUUGAUCCCGCCGCCGCGUUCACUUUCUUCCAAGUUGCCUCCUACCAGGGCUUGACCCUCAACAACCGCCGUCUCAAGGUCGGUUGGGGCAAGAACUCUGGCCCUCUCGCUCCGAGUCUCGCGCUCUCCGUUCACUCCGGUGCUACGCGCAACGUUUACGUUGGCAACAUUGAAGACUUUGAGACGUUCAAUGAGGAGAAGCUCAAGAAGGAUUUCGGGGAGUUCGGAGACGUUGAGCUAGUCAACUUCCUCAAGGAGAAGAACUGUGCAUUCGUGAACUUCACGAACAUCUCGAACGCGAUCAAGGCCAUCGACGGGAUCAAGAACAAGCCCGACUACGCCAACCUGCGUGUUGCGCACGGUAAGGACCGCUGUGCUAACCCACCGCGGUCCGGUCCUCAGGGCGGCGCCUCGCGUCGUGUUGCAAGCGGCAAUGGCCCCAGCAACGCUGGUGACAGCGAUGGCAAGAACGAGGACGUCUCGGACGCCAUCCUUUUGGGCGACGACUCUGUUGCUGCUACAAACCCUGGACUGGAGGCCGACAUCAUGAUGGAGGGCGGAGUCGAGAACGGUGUCGAUGGGUCCAGUUAA